AUGGAGCUUGUAAAUCGGGACGCUUCUCUUAAGGUGAAGGUUAUCAUCGCUCAUGUCGUUGAGAAAUACCGAUAUAUCAUAUCAUACAAAAAGGCAUGGAUUGCAAAGUGUAAGGCAAUUGAGUCGCUGUAUGGAAAUUGGGAGACAUCUUACAACGAUCUUCCGCAGUGGAUACUGGUUGAUGGAACUUGGUUGUAUGGCAAGUACAUAUGGACUCUGCUGAUGGCUGUGGCACAGGAUGGGAACGGGAACAUAUUUCCGAUAGCGUUCGCAUUGGUUGAAAGUGAGACAAAGGAAUCCUGGAGUUUCUUUCUUAAGAAUUUGAGAAUGCAUGUUACCCCCCAAGCAAAUCUAUGCCUAAUAUCAGACAGGCAUGAAUUGAUAAAGAGUGCAUACAACAACCCGGAAAAUGGAUGGCAGUUUCCUUCUUCAUCACACGUCUAUUGCAUUAGACAUAUCGCGCAAAACUUCAUGCGGGAGAUUAAAGACAAGGAUCUGCGGAAAAUAGUUGUUAACAUGGGUUAUGCGUUAACAGAGGCAACAUUUAACUACUAUCGGAGGGAAAUCCGAAGAACAAACAACGAAGCUUUAUCAUGGAUAGACAACAUCCCUCGCGAGAAGUGGGCUAGGGCAUUUGACAGAGGGCAACGCUGGGGUCACAUGACAACUAACCUAGCAGAAGCAAUGAACUCGGUGCUAAAAGAAACCCGAAACCUUCCAAUCACUGCAUUGGUCAAAUCUACGUACUAUCGUUUAGGAUCACUAUUUGGUAGAAGAGGCCAUCAGUGGACAAAAAUGUUAGCCUAUGGGCAGGUUUUCACUGAUAACUGCAACAAGGGGAUGGCUGAGGAAGUCAUCAAAGCUAACACGCACAACGUCAUGCAGAAUGACUACAUCAGAGGAGCUGAGGAAAGACUAGAGGCACAUCUGGUCAAGGAAGAUGAAGAGAAAGCACAAAAGGAAGCUGAAGAAAAGGCUAGGCUGGAAGCUGAAGAGAAGGCCAGAAAGGAAGCUGAGGAAAAAGUUGCCGCUGAGGCUGCUGCUGUAGAAGCUAAAGCUGACGCUGAAGAAGCAGCACACAUACCUGUAGAGGAACCUGCAAAGUCUACUGAAGUUGCUCUGACUCGAGUCUAA